AACACAACAUGGAUUCGGAGCUCGGUCUCACGCAAGCCAUGCUUGCUUCCUAACAAGCGGUUGAUGGUGUGGUGCAACCGUCCCGCCAUGAAUCUCGGUCACGUGAUUCCCUCGGGACGGCGGACACACGCAGAUCUUCCCGUGCCCACGCGCCGCGCGUGCCGCGCACACGCCCUCCGUGUUAAACCACACACGCCCCAUCCGUGCCAAUCCGGCAUGCCUCGCACACUCGCCACUCCUCCGCACGCGUGAAGGGGAAAAAGAGGAAACCCUAGGCCGGCGCAUACCCCACGCGCUCACGCGCCUCACUCCUCCUCCUCCCCGCCUCGCCGGAGCGGCUCGCGUCUCUCCCUUUCCCUCCCUCCGGGUUCGGCGCCCGGCGGAGCUCCGGUGUCUCCCUGCCCCUCGCGCCGGCGUUUUCCGGUCGCCGGAGCCUGGUCGGCACACCGCUCGUAGGUCGGUGAAACGGUCGGAAUCUGUUGCCUGAAGGAUGUUCUCGUAAUCGGGAGAUGAAGUCGAUGGACAAAAUUGGAACUUGCAGGCAUUUGUAGUGCUUAACUAUGACAAAGGACUUGUCUAUGGUUAAUUCCUUACUGGGGACUUAGUAUUUAAUGUCAUUGGACAUGGCUAAUCUAUUCUGUUGAAUGGUGAUAUUCUGAAGAAAAAAGAGGCACAGGCUGUCUGUGACUGAACUGCAGCAGGGAAACGCACUAAUCACUACUCGUCUUUGAGCUUCCUUCGGGAGUUGCGACUCCUGAACAUCUUUUUGCUUCUGGAAUUUGCUCAGAGAAAACACUUUACCGACUUAUUAGCGUAAAACUUUCGUAAUUUCCUGUUUUUCUUUCCAUGGUGACACUGACCAAGUGGGCUGUCUAUAUAGUGGAUUUUCUGUUUAGGGUGUUAUAAAUAUCUAAAGCAUAUCCUUUGACAUGGAAAUUAAGUAUUCUCGGUUGCACUGACUUCAACCUUCUCUUGUGAUUGCUAUCUUGUUCUUCAAGAUAAGUGCUGCUCGGUUUGGAGUCAGUUAUCAGACUUGCAGAAUCGGUCAUAUCAGCAGUUUUUGGCCUGCCUAGCCAGAAUCGUUUCUGUCAUGGCAUGUGAAACAAAAAGAUCUACAUUCAUAUAGUAAUUGGGUUGAAGAGAUCAGAGGAUUGUUAUAGUCAGGUGCUGGGCCGCAAUGGCAACCGAUAUGCAGAGAUUAGUAGGAACAAGUGAAGACGAUGAUGAGGAAGAUAUGGAGAUGGAUGUGAAGGAAGAGGAUGACGAUGAAGAAGAUGACAUGGAGAAGCAUAUUGCAACUCCUCCACUAGUUGGUGUUGAUGGACUAAUUGGGUCAAGUAGUAAUAAUAAUAGAUUUCAUCAUCCCCAAAUUCAUGAACAAGCGAGCACCCCUGGAGGUGGUGCUCGAAGAAGUAGGCCACUCGAAGAGAAGGAGAGAACGAAGCUGAGGGAGAGGCACCGGCGAGCAAUCACUGCAAGGAUCUUGGCGGGACUCCGCAGGCAUGGGAAUUAUAAUCUAAGGGUUAGAGCUGAUAUCAAUGAUGUGAUUGCAGCUUUAGCUAGGGAAGCAGGCUGGGUUGUUCUUCCAGAUGGGACAACCUUUCCUUCAAGAUCUCAGGGUUCAAAACCUAUUAGUGGCACUUCUGCAGCUGUUACUCCACCAUCGUCCCAAAUGGUUCCACAACAAGCUUCUCUGACUUCCCUCAAAGUAAUUGCUUCCGGAUAUCGAAGUCCAGUGGACUAUAAUGCAUCUCGAAUGAAAGGCGUCUAUGCGCCUAACUCGUCUCCUUAUGACUCGUCUUCAAGAGGUCAAUCUCAAAUUCCAUCUGCAUUAGGGGAUGGAGGAGAGCCUUUAGAUACUCAAGCACUUAUUGGUGGCUCUGUUGAAAGUGUUGAGGCCAAGCAGAUUGUGGAUGUACCCUCAAAAUUUCCAGAGUGCGAUUUUGCUGGCACCCCUUACAUCCCUGUUUAUGUGAUGCUACCUUUGGGAAUCAUCAAUGUAAAGAGUGAACUGGUUGACCCAGAUGGUUUACUAAAGCAGUUAAGGAUAUUGAAGUCAAUUAACGUCGAUGGCGUCACAGUGGAUUGUUGGUGGGGAGUGGUAGAGGCACAUGCUCCACAGGAGUACAAUUGGAAUGGUUACAGGAGGCUAUUCCAGAUGGUACAUGAGCUGAAGUUCAAGUUACAGGUCGUGAUGUCAUUUCAUGAAUGUGGAGGCAAUGUUGGUGAUGAUGUUUGUAUUCCACUGCCCCACUGGGUGGCAGAAAUUGGAAGGAGCAACCCCGACAUAUUUUUCACUGAUAGAGAGGGAAGACGCAACCCCGAAUGUCUUUCGUGGGGUAUUGACAAGGAGCGGGUUUUGAGAGGACGGACUGCUAUUGAGGUUUACUUCGACUACAUGAGAAGCUUUCGUGCAGAGUUCAAUGAAUACUUUGAGGAUGGUCUAAUAUCGAUGAUUGGGGUUGGAUUGGGUCCUUGUGGAGAGUUACGGUACCCAUCAAACCCUGUAAAAAAUGGUUGGAGAUAUCCUGGAAUAGGUGAAUUUCAGUGCUACGAUCAGUAUCUACUGAAGAAUCUUAGAAAGGCAGCAGAGGCAAGGGGACAGGCUUUUUGGGCUAGAGGUCCAGAUAAUGUGGGUUCUUAUAAUUCACAGCCACAAGAAACUGGUUUCUUCUGUGACGGAGGAGAUUACGAUGGCUAUUUUGGAAGGUUCUUCCUUAAGUGGUACUCUCAGGUGUUGAUUGAUCAUGGUGAUAGAGUACUUGCCUUGGCAAAAUUAGCUUUUGAUGGUACCUGCAUUGCUGCUAAGCUAUCAGGUAUUUAUUGGUGGUAUAGGACAGCCAGUCAUGCUGCUGAAUUAACUGCUGGAUUUUACAACCCAUCCAAUCGUGAUGGUUAUGCCGCAAUUGCAGCAAUGCUGAAGAAGCAUGGAGCUGCCUUGAACUUCACAUGUCCUCAGCUGCACGUGCCAGACCAGCAAGAGAAUUUCUCAAGUGCACUGGCAGAUCCUGAUGGCUUGGCCUGGCAAGUGCUGAAUGCUGCUUGGGAUUAUGGCAUCCCAGUUACUAGUGAGAAUUUUCUUCCUUGUCACAAUCGUGUAGGAUACAACAAGAUGCUGGAUGGUGCCAAACCGUUGAAUGAUCCGGACGGGAGGCACUUUUUAUCCUUCACCUACCUGAGGCUAAACUCCAUCCUCAUGGAAAGACAGCACUUACUAGAAUUCGAACGAUUUUUGAAGAGAAUGCAUGGUGAAGCAGUUUGCGAUCUACAGCAAUAGCACUAGAGAAGAAAGUGUGCUUAGUGCACUUGAAUGUUUAUUAUUCUUAUUUCCCCAGAAUUACGGGGAAUUACUAUCUUGCAUAGUAAAAAAAUAGCAUUUUACUGUAGCUUUAACUGUACUGUAAAUGAAGCUGCAAAUAGAAGCGGUUAGUUGAUAUAGUUUUUAAAGGACAAUGAUCCGUCGUAUCCCACAAAGAUGUGAACAUCUUACUGGCUUACAAGUCGCAACUCCAAUCUUUCACUA